AUGUUCGAGCGCUCGGGCGAUAUCAUCGUUGAGUUCCUCCGUACGAACGUGCCUGAGUUCGCCAGGCUCAGCGCAGGAUGGGAGAACCCAGCCGGCGACACGUACUUCCGCAAGCAACGCCAGGCUGCGGAUAGCGCCGACGAAAAGCUGUCCGCGAUCUUUUACAACAUGAUGAAAGACAUAGGGGUAGAACUGCAUCGAAAGCUUUAUGCGUUCACGAUCAAAGGGCCCCCAUUGGGACAGAAGCGCAUCUUAGAUAUGUGCAUGGCACCUGGAGGGUUCCUCGCGAUAGCGCUUCAGAAGAACCCGGGUGCACACGCUCUUGGGUUCAGUCUCCCGGUCUCACAAGGCGGUUUUCAGCGUUUACUUUCACCCAGCAAGAACGUGGAAGUCAAGUUCAUGGAUAUCACGAUGCUGGUGCAGGAUAUGGGGGCUACAGACAUUCCAUCCAACCAUCCAGACUCUGACCACUUCAUCCGGCAGCAGCAGCUAGGCCCACAAGACAAAUUCCAUCUUGUUCUCUGUGACGGGCAGGUUCUUCGCCAGCACCAGGAGUUCAGAGCGCAGUACAGAGAGAGAUGCGAAGCGCGACGCCUCACUGCCACCCAGCUUGCUCUUGGAUUAGAGCACCUUGAGCCAGGCGGCACAAUGGUUGUCUUGCUGCACAAGGUCGAGGCAUGGGACACUGUACUUCUGUUGUGGAAGUUCAGCAAAUUCUCAACCGUCCGGCUUUUCAAGCCUACAAAGAGACAUGUAAAUCGCUCAUCAUUUUACAUGGUUGCGAGCAAAGUCCAGAGUCUGAGCGCGGCGGCUACUGCGGCUAUCAAGGUGUGGAAGGAGGUCUGGAGGGUUGCUACAUUCGAUCUGAACGGAGAGAUGAAGCACAAUUGGCGCGAGGAGGAACCUAGUGCGAAGGAGCUGAUUGAUGAGUUUGGGGAUCAGCUCAUCAGGCUAGGCAAACACAUUUGGAAGACUCAAGCUGAUGCGCUGGAGAAGGCUGCUUUCAUCAGAGGAUGA